GCGCAAAUCACACGCAUUCGGGAUGCUGGUGCGGCAAGCAUUACGUUUAGGACGAGCGGCAUCUCCGUCGAUGCUGUCGGCAUCACCCGCAUGUCUGCCGCCUCUCGCAGCAGCGGCAACCAGAGUGGCAGCGCCGAGGCUAGGUGUGGGUGUGGGUGUGCGUCAGUUGUCCACCUCACAUGCGCACCCGCAGCUGAUGCCGGCGCCCAAGGACUUCAACCGCACGCCCGACGAGAUUGUGGCCGAGCUGAACAAACAUAUCAUUGCACAGGUAGACAGAUGCAGACAGAUGCAGUGUCUGUGGGUGUGUGUGAGUGUCUUCCCUCUCUCUCUGCCCGUGUGUGUGUGUGUGUGUGUGUGUGCCUGUGUGUGUCGGGUGUAGGAUGACGCCAAGCGUUCCCUGGCAAUCGCACUGAGAGAUCGAUGGCGACGGCAGAGUUUGCAGAAUGACGACCUGCGGAAGGUCAGAGAACCCUCUGUCUGUCUGUCUGUCUGUCUGUCUGUCUGACAGCCAAGCCAGCCGCUCUCUCGCCUGUGUGCAUAUGAGUGUGUGUGUGGUGUGUGUGCAGGAGGUGACGCCCAACAACAUCUUGCUGAUCGGUCCGUCCGGGUGCGGCAAGACCGAGCUCGCCAAGCGGCUCGCCGCUUUUGCUGGGGCGCCAUUCGUAAGCAAAGCAAAGCCAGCCAGGCCGUGCCAUGUGGAUGGGUGGAGAGAGGUCCAUGUGUGCGUGAUUGUGUGUGUGUGUGUGUGCAGGUGAAGGUUGUUGCCACCCGAUACACUGAGGUGGGGUUUGUGGGUGACGAUACCGUGUCCAUGGUGCACGAGCUCGCAGAGGUACCAAUCAAUCGGCACACACAGACAGACGUGUGCGCUGGUGUGUGCGUGUGUGUGUGGGCCCACCCGCAGCAAUCGUACAUGGACGAGAAGCGCCGUAUGAAGGAUUUGGUGAUGGACCAGGCCAAGACCAGGGCUAAGAACGAGCUGAUCAAGGCCAUCAUGAAGAACCCCCUCUCCGACACAUGGACCGAGUCACUCAUCAGCGAAUACCUCGACGUACACACACACACACACACACACACACAGGGAUGGAGGGAUGGUGCAUGUGACGUCUGUCUGUCUGCAGGAUGGCCGUCUCAACGAGAUGGAGGUCGAGCUCGACGCCGAGUUGCUGACCCGUGACGAGCCUCAGAAGAGCCCCCUGGCCGACAUCUUCGGCAACAUGGCUGGGGGGCCCGGCGGCGGAAUGGGCGGCGGCCGCCCGGGGGGCAUCUCGGCUGUGCCCAUCGGCGUAUCCGUGCAGGUAAGUAACCCCACACACAGAGAGGGAGGGAGACAGAGAGGGGGUUUCCACACACACACACACACGGAUGACCCACACAUGGCCUGUGUUGUGUGCAGGGCCCCAAUGCAUCUGACAUCAACAGCAAGCUGGAGGACCUCUUUGGCACCGGCGGCCGGAAGAGCAAAAAGAAGGGCGAGAAGAAAAAAGUCAAAGUCGCCGAGGCACGACCCCUCCUGGAGGACCACUACGCGUGAGCCAAGCCAUGCCCACUCAGACAGACAGAGAGAGAGAGAGGUUGGGUGGGUGCUGAUGUGUGUGUGUGUGUAUGUGUGUGUGUGGGUGUAUGUGUGUGUGUGGGUGGGUGGGCGGGUGGGUGUCAGUAAUGAGCUGAUCAAUGAGGAGGACCUGACGGAGAAUGCUCGAGUGGCGGCUGAGCAGAGAGGCAUGUAAGCGCAACCACCCUCACUCACCCAACCUACCAACCAACACACAGACACACACACACACACACACAGCCAGACGCGUCACACGUCUGUGUGUGUGUGUCUGUGUGUGUGCGUGUGUCUGUCUGUCUGUCUGUCAGCAUUUUCAUUGAUGAGUUUGACAAGCUGAUAACUGACAAGCAGGAGAAUGAGGGCGGCUACAAGGGAAAGAGAAAGGGAGUACAGGUACGUCAGUCAGCCCACCGACCUCGCCGCCUCUCUCUAGACAAUAUAUGGAGAGAAUGACGUGUCUCUCUCUCUGUGUGUGUGUGUGUGCAGAAAGAGCUGCUCACACUGAUGGAGGGCACCACAGUCAGCACCAAGAUCGGCAGACUCCGAGUAGCCACCCGCACCAGAUACACACACUGCGAUUCCCACGCACAGAGCCCCACAUUUCUCUCUCUGUAUGUGCGUGUGUGUGUGUAGACGGACCAUGUGCUGUUCGUUGCGUCGGGCGCCUUCACGCAGUCCAAGCCCACAGACAUCAUGCCAGAGCUGCAGGCAAGCAGCCACACAUACAGAGAGAGAGAGAGAGAGGGAUUGGGAACCGCGUGGGUCCAUGUGUGUGCUGUGUGUGUGUGUGUGUAGGGUCGUCUGCCGAUUCGUUGCGAGCUGAAGCCUCUCACCGAGGCCGACUUUAUCAAGAUCCUCAAAGGUGAGGCCAGCCACACACACACACACACACAUGGGGCACAGACACGCAGUGAGAUGUGUGUGUGUGUGUGUGUGGACAGAGACGCGAUACAACCUGUUGAUGCAGCAGGAGGCUCUCCUGGCCACCGUAAGACCGACCUCCUCGCCACAUACCCACCACCCAUCCACCCUCUCUCCCGCCCCCCUCCCUCCCUCCCUCCCUCCCUCUGUGUGUCCGUCCACUGCCCUCCACAGGAGGGCGUGUCGCUCAAGUUUUCCGACGACGGCAUCAACGAGAUCGCCAAGAUCGCCCACACACUCAACACCGAGACGGCUAAUGUGGGCGCCCGAAGGCUCAAGACCGUCAUGGCAAAGCUCCUCGAGGACCUCAAAUUCGACGCCCACAAAAUGACCGGCAAAAGUGAGCUGAGUGUGGGUGGAGGAGAGGUGUGCGGGCAUCUUUCUCUCUCUCUCUCUCUCUCUGUGUGUGUGCGUGUGUGUGCGUGCGUGUGUGUCCAGCUGUUGAGGUGACGGCCGAUAUGGUGAAGGAGAAGCUGGCGACGAUGACCAAGCAGAGCGACCUCUCCAAGUACAUCAUCUAAUCAGGGGCGGUCUCAGAAGGAACGGACGAACGAACAUGUCUGUGAGUCUGUGAGUGUGGGAGUGUGGGAAUGUGUGAAGUGGGGUGGCUAGCCGCAUGUGUGGCUGCCUUGUACAGAGGCGGAGAGAGAGAGAGAGAGAGAGGGAGAGGGGGCCGAGAGGGAGGGGUGCAGUCAGUCGAGUGAGUCGUCAGUCAGGGGUGUGGUGUGUCACACGUGUGAGUGUGUGAGUGUGUCGGUCACUGUGUAUGUCCCUCCCUGUUCUCAUUUAUCGCGACAAAUCCUCAAGACAGAAUGUGUAUGUGCCAUAAUUUGCAAUCGGUC